AUCGUCCGCAGCUCUUAUUAUAAAAGGGAUGGACGGCAGGAUUAUCUAUUAACAACUAUAUAUUUUUUCUUUCUUCGUAAUAUAAAUUAAAGAAUUAUUUAUUGCACUGUAAUUUUUCAGUUGAGUUAAGUGGACGUAUAUAUUAAACUAUUGAGAAUUUCAAACAAUAAGUAAAGGAAAGUCAUGUGCGCGUGUCAGCUUGAUUCUAUGACGUGAGAGCGCGCGAUGUUCAUAUUACUUCGGGGCGGCUCUCGAUGGUGCGACCUGCUAUUGUGAUCGGGACCAAAAAUGAAAGCCAGGAUCACAGCUCUGGCCGAUGCUUUUGUGAACACUCUGCGGAAUUGUCAAGAAGAAUGCAGCGCCACGAUAUACGAGGGAAAUGUGCAGAUUCAACUGGUCCAGCGACUGAAGAUACCGCUACACAACAUCAAAAGCCCAGUAUUAGUCUGUGAGAAAGCCAUUCCUAAACCUGAGCGAGAUGAUGAAACUGAAAACUCAGAGGUUGAAGAUCCAGCGGAGCCCCUUUUGAACCAGGGGCCCCAAGGUUUAACGGUCACAAAAGCAAGGCAGCUUCUGUCGUACUACGUGAUUUCCCAGAAUCCCACCAUGUGUCAGGGGAGGAACCUGGCCUUGUGUCCUCUUUGGGUCCGCUGUGACUCCUCAGACUCUGAGGGAACCUGCUGGGUUGGUGCAGAGACCAUUUGCAACGGGAACAAGGUCACUGCGGUCAAGAUGCUCAAUGUUAGCAGCAAAGGUCCAGCCAUUGGAAAGACGUCUUUGAUCACAUUAGAAGAACUGAAACACACACAUACCAAAAUGCAUCGUCCAACCACUAUGACAACGCGGGGUUUUGCGACUUACAACCUUUUUGGCUCCACGGUCGUGGAGAACACGGUGAUCGAGUCACAGAGCACGGUGACCGUAGACUUCAAAUGGAGCAACGUCCAGAGCAUCCUGCAGACCCCCCCACUGUCCUCCACAGCCACACUGAACAUCAGGAUAGCCAGUGGAGAUAUGAGAAGCCCUAUAUAUGAGCAGUACAAGGAAAUGGAGUUUGUCCAGAUUCUGGCAGACGGUGUGAGUACAGGUGGGACAGACUGGGUGGAGCCAUUGGAUACUGUGCCUGCGAUGGAGCUAGUUAAGGCCCUUAUAGAUGACCUGCAGAUUAAAACAAAGGCUGUACAGAACCAGUCUUUAGAUGGGAAUCAGAUCCCAAAGGCAAGGACUGAAUCGUCAUCCGUGGACAGCUCUGUCUUUAGUACAGUCCUCACAGAGCGAGGGGACUUGGACUUUGUGGAGCAGCUCUGGGUGAAAAUGAGGAGGAGUGUGACUUCAUAUCAAGACAUUGUAGAUUGUCUAAAGUUGGUUAUAAAGGCCUUGAAAUAUGACAACAUUAAGCCAUGGAUCCAUAGGGAAAGCAGCAGUUCCCUCAGCAAGCUGAUCCUGAAGUCCUACAGCAAGGAGCUGCAGCCUGUGGGCCUCACAGGUCUGGCCCCUGUGCGGAUGCUUCUGGAGACUGGCCUGGACAAGAUGCGCAGGGACUACAUCAACUAUUUCGUCGGUCAACAACUAACAACACUGAAAGGCUUGAGUUACUAUCUCAACACAGAAGUGGACUUGCUGGAGCAGGUCGUGCGAGUGAAGAAACUGCACCACCUGCUGGAGAUGGUGGUGACCUGCGGGACUUUUCUCAGUCUGGCCUAUGAGCACCUGUUUGCUCUGUCACAGUCUUGCUUGGAGCACUAUGAGACGAACCCUUAUGAUGAAGACCACAGGUUCCAGCUGCAGAUCAGACCGGCAGUAAUCAGCAGCUUCUACCAGAAGGAGCAGCCCCUAAUGUGGGGGAUGGAGGUGUCCAGUGGCCAGGGUCCUAAAGAAGUAAAGACAUCCUGGCAGCUCAGUGACCGAUGCCCUGUGGACCACGUGAACACCGACUCUACAGACUUCCCGUUUGAAGUGACCGUCAACGGAGACUGUGAGGAGUCGGUUCACUUCGAGACGAGAUCUCUCUGCAGUCUUGUCAGCUUUGCCUGAACUCCAUCACAGAAUUUAUUCUUCACAGAACACCAAGAAGCCACCCUUCUUAAUUCUUCAUAAUGACUUGAUGAAUCCAUUUCUGAAUAUUCUGCAGUUUUGGAUUGUCUAUGUAGAAAUCUUGGUCUGUAGUAAUAAUCCUGUGAUCUUCCAGUGUGGCCUUAUUUUCACCAGUGGACCUUUGAAGAAGAGUUUGCAAAAAUUUUACUAUUUUUAUAUAACCUACUGAACUGUAUUCCUAUUAAAAUGCUUUGUUAAACAUUA